GAAUUUGUGUUUAAGAUUUAUUAAUAUAGUAAUUGAGUCAUCACGAGGACGUCCAUAUAGCCACUUUGUUUCUGUACCAGCCAUACGUUGUUCCAUACCGUUAAAUAAACCGUUGUGCAAAUCAGGGUUUUCUGGUAGUCAUGAUGUUUUUCCGCACUAAGGACCACGCUCUUGGAUGUAAGCAUUAAAUAUAUGCUAUCCAUUUCCAUUGGGAACCGUUAUAAGUUCCACACAUUUGAAGCUAUUUUAACAAGGGCUCCCGUAGACGCACUCUACUAUCUUGUCGUGGAUACCAUUAACUAAAGAUAGGAAUAAGAAAGCAGAAAUGGCGGAUAGUGUGCUUCAGAGUCUGAAGUCGUAUAAUUUCGAGGAUAGGGAUUCUCAAGGGUCACCCCGUCAACCUAUAAAAAGAAACAAUUCGUCAACAUCACUAUGCAGCCUAGUUACAGCUAACACGACGCAAUAUCAAGAUUGGCUGGAAACAUUCUAUGAAAACAAGCUUAAUGAAGUUAUCGACUUCAGCGAUGCACCGGAUGUUAUUAAUCACUUCAAGUAUCGUGAUGUAGACGACGAAUUGGAUGAUAAUGACACUGGAAUAGUAGAGCCGUGUCUCCUGGAUUGUCACACAGAAGAAGGGUUUGUAAUGGCUGCCAUGCACUUGAUUAUGCAUCACAUAAAGACCAAGCAAGCUGAAACCCCUGAUUCCAUUGUUACUAUCGGUCUGUCAGGUGGUAGUACCCCUCGUACCCUGUUUAGGCAACUGGGUAGUUUAGAAGAUUUAGACAUUGAUUUCAACCGUAUCAUACUGUUUUUGGUAGACGAGCGGUACGUCCCGCCAACUGAUGAGCUAUCGAACCAGCGUUUAGUACGGAACACAUUACUAAAGAAUUGGCCAAUACCAGAAAAACAUAUCAUAUUCCCUGAUACUACACUACCAUUGGAAGAUUGUGUUAGUAAAUAUGAAGCUGAUCUCGAGGAAAUAUUUGGCAAAGUUCCGGAUAACAGUUGCGUCAAUACUGCUAAAAUCGUAGGAAUGUCAAAGAACAAAUAUGCAACUACACCUGACUUGAUAACACUGGGUAUAGGAGAUGAUUUCCAUAUAGCAGGGUUGUUCCCAGAUUACCUGUCAACGUUGGACCCGGCCGAUGUGACCAACUGCAAAAAGCGUGUUAUGAUAUCAUUGACGGAUACUGCAGCAGUCCAUGAACGUUUGACGUUGACCUUGCCCUUCCUAUGCUCCGCCAAGAGCAAGCUGUUCCUGCUGAAGGGCGAACGUAAGAAACGUAUCUGGACAACGAUGAUACAAUACCGCCACGUGGAUCCCAUACGGUUCCCCGCGACACAAAUAUUUACCAAACCGGGAUGUGUAGCAGUUUUGGAUUCAUCAAGUAUACGCCGUAUAAGGCGGAAGGUACCAAUAAACCCAACCGACUGCCUUACGUUCCUGCUGUUUGGGAGUACGGGCGACCUCGCCCGUAGGAAGUUGUACCCAGCACUGUUUCACCUGUUCUAUCUGGGUUUCUUACCUGCGAAGUUCCGUAUAUUGGCAAUUAGCCGCUCGCAUCAGUCUUUUGACGAUUUCUUUGAUACAGUCUCCACUGAUAUCUUCUCAUCGAUCAAGACCACUGUGUUUAUGUGCGAAGCCGCUGCUAGAUUCGAUUUCCCAACCAUAAUAUCAGAGUUCAAGAAAGUGCUUCGACGGAUAACGAUCAAAUAUGAUGAUCCGGAAUCUGAAACGAAGUUGAAUGAAACUCUGAAGGAACUUGAAUGCGGUUCCGCUGUUACCCAUCGUCUGGUUUACCUGGCAACGCCAGCUGAGGCCUACCACCCAAUCAUGAAGUUGGCAACGUCCGUUUGCCGUCCAGCUAACGGUUGGUUCCGUGUAAUACUGGAAAAACCGUUUGGUCGCGAUUUGGGUAGCAGCCAGCAGAUACAAAAGGUUCUAGUCGAGCACGCCACCUCAGAUGAAGUGUUUUUGGUUGACCACUACCUUGGGAAACCCUUGAUAUCGUGCAUGAUAGCCAUCAGGCGUUCCGUGCGAUACACCAAUUUGUUUUGCAACAAGUACGUAAAGAGCGUACAUAUUAAGAUGAAGGAGACUAUAGGCAGCUUCGGGCGAAGCUACUUCGAGCAAUAUGGCAUCAUCCGCGAUAUGAUCCAGAACCAUGGCAUGCAGCUGCUGUCACUUAUAACAAUGGAUAAGCCAGAUCGACACAACGAGUCAUUGACCGAAGAGAAGAUUAAAGUACUACGAGCGGUACGCACAGUACGAUUGGAAGAUACUAUACUAGGUCAAUACACCACCAGUGAUGACGGUGAGGAGUGUGCGUAUGUAGAAGAACAGGGCGUCCCGCCUGACUCCCGUUGCUCCACUUUCUGCUCCAUGGUACUGUAUGUAGACAACGAACGGUGGUCAGGCGUGCCAUUUGUUAUAACAGCCGGUAAGGGCUUGGACGAGCGUUUGUGCGAAGUUAAUCUCAAAAUGAGGGAUACGUUUGCUAAUGAAUUGGGGUCGGAAUUCAGGGGACGUAACCUAGUGUUCCGAGUACAGCCUGACCCUAGUAUAUUCUGGUCAAUUGACGCCCCGAACCUUGAGUCCCAGACAGAAAAUGAAAAGCUAAUAUUCAACAGUGACAACGAAACGGAUAGCAUGAACAUGAAAGUGGAAGAGUGCAUUCUACGCGAUGUUGACUAUAACCUAACGAAGCGUCCCGUAGUAGGAUGCUACGAAAUACUACUGUAUCAUGCAUUUAGCGGGAAGAGAAACUAUUUCCCAACUAUUGAAGAAGUAAAUGAAGCGUGGCGUAUUUUCACACCGCUGCUCCAUGAAAUUGAUGAUAAAGCCAUUAAGCCACUCUUGUACCCACGCAAGUCCAAAGGACCCGCGGAGCAAGAAACGCACUUACAGCUAUUGAGUUAAUGUC